ACAGCCGGCUUAUGGAAUGGACGAUCCUGAGACUCGGGACUGGACCACCUGCAAACUCAAAUCGAUAACAAGGGCAAGAUUGAUUUUGAUUGUCAAAUAAUUAUAUUUUGCUCGUGGGAUUGGGCUGAUAUAUUUUUUCCUUUAUCGACGCCUUAUUUGCCACUGAAACGAGUCGAUGUACGGAUGUUGUUGUGAUAUGGGCUAUGCUAGCCCACAACAACCAUUCUGAACAGCGCAUGAAAAGCCUCGAGGACUGAAUUUUCUUUCUUUCUUUUUUUUUUUAUUAUCUAAGGACUGGACCGCCAUCUCAACCUAACCCAAUAGGCUAUUUAUGGCAGGGUCAUGCAUCGUGGUCUUAGGGUUGUUACAGGGCUGUUGUCAUAAUAAUAAUUAUAAUAAUAAUAAUUAUUAUUAUUAUUAAUAAUAUUAUUAUUACAGACUGGCUGGUGUUAUUCUUAGACUAUCCCAGGCUACAUACAAGCUUCUCAUCAUGAAGUAGCCUAGCUGGCAUCGCUAUUCGCUCAUUUUGGUGACGGGAAUGGAAGAGAUGCUACCGCCUGAAUCCACACGGAUUUCAUUACAGUUAAUUCGUGGCAAACAGGCUAUGAGAAGCGGAAGAUUCUAUCACAUUAGAAGAAACAACAUUUUAAUCGUUGUGCUUGACUGAAUCGUGUAGCCUAGGUCUGAUAGGAUUUCUGGCAUUCGACAUCAUCGUCCAGCUGAAACAACAGUGCGCCGUGACAGUAGGAGCUCAUUGUUUGCAUCGCUAAUGUAAGAUCAUCUCUGUGAACUGAACUUGAAUAUUGCAGACUUUCCGUAUGGCAUGCGAAAGAUGUAGGCUAUGAAUAUAUAGUGGAACUGCACAACAUAAUUGUUAUUACGCGCUGGUUCACAGGAUUAUAACACUACUGACGUAGGAUGCUACGCUACCUUCAUGGACAGUAUGCGGUGCUGUCUUGUUUUGACAUUAUUAAGUGUGUUUGAAAGUGAUUGUUAUGAUUUAGUAAAGUAAUAGCUAUCCGACUAUAUCUCUGUUAAACGAGGCAAAUUAACAGAUGUUAAGGUAUUUUUGCCAUUCUGCUUAGGCCACUUGAUCUUAGAAUGGACGAGUGCUUUUCUUAAAGACUAUAAGGACAUUACACAGGCUUACAUGGGCUACAGGAUUUAGACGAGAAAGCAACAGUAGGCUACUCAUUAUUAGGGUGUUGUUUGACCAUUAUAAACUGGUUGAAGGAUUGGCAUUUUGUAGGCAAGAAUUUAUUUAUUUUUGUAGACAUGGGGAUGAAUACUGUGCAUGACAACAAUCUAAUAAUGUUAGCUGUAAGCAUGUUAGAUAGGAGCCUUUGGUCUCACUGAUCAUGACAAUCCAUGUCACAUGAGUCUGUUUAUUUAAUGAUGAUUAGUCUUGUGACAUAUGUUAUAACCUUUGAGGAAGAGACAGGUGCUUGACAGCAUUCUUGAAGAGAGAGAGAGCAGUGCUGUGAUACAGUAUCUUAAAAGUAAGAUGACAGCUUUCCUAUCUGUUUCCAAUCCGUUUCAGGGUAACACAGUUUUUCUCAGGAGACUAUGUGCAGGUGUCAUAAGUCAUUAAAGCCAAUAAUAUAAUAUCCCUCAUUUCAACUCAGGAGAAAAUGUCACCCUCUGGUCCAGAUCAGGCUAUGAGUACAUGAAGAGUUUGCAUCAGUCACAAGGCCAGUGGUCCUAUGGACAGGAGGGCCACUGUUAGUAAAUGCCCUACAUGGUCUUACUGUUGGAUGUAUAUUCAGGAUGUCAGUUGGCCGAGAGGGAGCGGUUUUAAUGCUGCCGACAUCAUAAAUGGGGACACACAGACUGUGUGCAAUUAAAAACAUCAAGCAGCCAUCCAGUGCGGAAAAUUGUCUGACAGUCCUCUGUCCUUUGACUCCCCUGUGAGCUUUGCAUCCAGUGUGCUCUGCAUGGAUGGUUUGUGUGAGUUGACAGAGGAAUCACCCCAGCUGUUGAGACCCCACCGCUGACAACCGGUAGCCAUGGAGCCCCAUACUAGACUGAGUAGCAGUGGCGACGCAGCCACACUGCCCUGUGCAAGUUGUGGGGGGUGCUACCACCCACCGACCUCCUCCUCCUCCACCUCAUCAGGGCCCCCAAACAUGACCGAGCCACCCGGCUUUGGCGACACAGAGAACGGGAACAGCUGGACCUCCUCGGUGAUGUCAUCCUGCGGCUCGCCGGACUCGCACGUCCACCCGCCUCCCGGAGGGGGGACCCCGUACUGGACGGCGGUCUUUGACUACGAGGCCACGGCAGACGAGGAGCUCACGCUACGCCGCGGGGAUCUGCUGGAGGUGCUCUCCAAGGACGCGAAGGUGUCCGGAGACGAGGGCUGGUGGACGGGUAAGAUUCAGGACAAAGUCGGCAUCUUCCCCAGCAACUACGUCACGCGGCGGAGUACCAGCUACCCCAAGCUGCCACCCGAACACAUGCUGGUGUGCGGGGAGUGCCCACUGGAGAUUGACUUUUCAGAGCUGAGCUUGGAGGAGGUGAUUGGCGCCGGCGGCUUCGGCAAGGUGUACAAAGGCAUGUGGCGCGGGGAGGAGGUGGCGGUGAAAGCGGCCCGGCAGGACCCGGACGAGGACAUCAGCGUCACGGCGGAGAGCGUGAGGCAGGAGGCCCGUCUCUUCUGGAUGCUGAGGCACCCCAACAUCAUCUCGCUGCGCGGGGUGUGCCUGCGGGAGCCCAACCUCUGCCUGGUGAUGGAGUACGCCCGCGGCGGAGCCCUGAACCGAGCGCUGGCCGGCAAGAAGGUGCCGCCCAGGGUGCUGGUGAACUGGGCCGUGCAAAUCGCCACGGGGAUGGACUACCUUCACAAUCGCACCAUUGUUCCUGUCAUCCACCGAGACCUCAAGUCCAGCAACAUUUUGAUUCUGGAGCCAGUGGAGAGGGACAACCAAUGGGGGAGGACCCUGAAGAUCACCGACUUUGGGUUGGCACGGGAGUGGCACCGCACCACCAAAAUGAGCGCAGCGGGUACCUACGCUUGGAUGGCACCAGAGGUCAUCAAGCUGUCUCUCUUCUCCAAAAGCAGUGAUGUCUGGAGUUUUGGGGUUCUGUUGUGGGAGUUAUUGACGGGGGAGGUUCCAUACCGUGAGAUUGACGCGCUGGCCGUGGCCUACGGUGUCGCCAUGAAUAAGCUGACGCUUCCAAUCCCAUCCACCUGCCCAGAAGCCUUUGCACACCUGCUGGAGGAGUGUUGGAGCCAUAACCCUCACAGUCGCCCAUCCUUUGGGAGCAUCCUGACGCGGCUGCUGGCCAUCGAGCAGUCAGCCAUGUUCCAGAUGCCUCUGGAGUCUUUCCACUCUCUGCAGGAGGACUGGCGGCUGGAGAUCCAGCAGAUGUUUGAUGAGCUGCGGGCAAAAGAGAAAGAGCUGCGCUCGUGGGAGGAGGCGCUGGCCCGGGCAGCGGAGGAGCAGCGGGAGCAGGAGGAGCAGCUCCGGAGGAGAGAGCAGGAGCUGGCCGAGCGCGAGAUCGACAUCGUGGAGAGGGAGCUGAACAUCAUCAUCCACCAGGUGUACCAGGAGAAGCCACACGUCAAGAAGCGCAAGGGCCACUUCAAGAAGAGCCGCCUGCUCAAGCUGGGCCGAGACAGCAACAGCAUCAGCUUGCCCUCUGGUUUCGAGCACAAGAUCACUGUGCAGGCCUCGCCGAGUGUGGACAAGAGAAAAGCGCAAGGAAAAGCUGAGACCACCACUCCUCCAGCCAGCCCUGGAGUCAUCCCUCGCCUCCGGGCUAUCCGCUUGACCCCCUGUGAUGGCAGGAAGACCUGGGGCCGCACGACUGUGUGCAAGGAGGAGGUGGUGAGCACCAAGAAGAAGGGCCGGACCUGGGGGCCCAGCUCGACCCAUCAGAAGGAGAGAGUUGGCGGGGAGGACAGAUUGAAGUCCCUUGGCGAGGGAUGCAAGACAUGGUCCUCCAGUGCCCCCAAUCUUGGGAAAUCCCCAAAGCACAUUCCCAUGACAGCUGGGUUUUCCAGCUUAAAUGAAAUGGAGGAGCACUGCGAGGACACGUCUCCGUCUCAGCUGCCUGUGGAGGCCAGCAGUAACGGCUCCACGGCCUCGGCCGCCGGGGCCCACGGCUCCGUCCAGCGCUGCAGACACCACAAAAACAGCAACCUGCUGCUGCUGGGCUGUGCCUCGGUGCUGGCCUCCGUGGCUCUGGGACAGGACCUCCUGCAGCUGGGACGUCUGCAGGUGAGUCAGGACGAGCAGGAGGCCCGUGAGAAGAAGAAGGAGGGCCUGUUCCAGCGCACCAGCCGCUUCCGGCGCAGCACGUCCCCGCCCAGCCACGCGCUCUCGCUGUCCCUCUCCCAAAGCCAUCACCACGACUCAGCCCUGGCCUGCCUGGACCCGUCGCCCUCCGUCACCCUCCUCUCCCUCUCCUCGCUGUCCGACUGCAACUCCACCAAGUCCCUGCUGCCCUCCGACCCCGACGACCACCUGCUGCCCUCGCCGGCCCUGCCCGUGGCCUCGCCCACGCCGACGCUCAACCCCCUGCUGGACCUGCGGGCCGAGAGCUUCAAGCGCGAGCCCAAUCAGUCGCUCACGCCCACUCACGUGUCCGCCGCCAUGACCGUGAGCCGCAAGCACCGCCGCACGCCGUCGGACAGCGCCAUCGGGCCGAGGGCUCCGCCUGUGGUGCUUCACCGGCGCACUCCGUCCGACGGCAGUGUGACCAUUCCCCCGGCGCAAGCACUGGUCACCGCACCACACACGGGUCCCCGUGACACUUUGAAGACGCCCCAUUUACCCGACCCCUCCAGCCUAUUCCCGUCAGUGCCUCGUCGCAAACCUCCGACUCUGGCGCCUCCACCUCCUCCACCGCCGCCGGCAGCAGCAGCAGUCCACCACCACCACGAGAGCCCGUCCGGCACGCCCACCCUGGAGAGGCCCACCACGCUGGAGUUCGUGGCCCGGCCCCGGCCGUCAUCGCGGGCCCGCCAGGACCCCUGGAAGCUGGCGUCCUUCUCGCGGACACUGAGCCUGUCGCCUGGCAGCAGCAGCGACAGCCUCCUGGGCUCCGGGGACAGCAGUGUGUGUGCCGCGCAACAGACGCUCCUGGACAUGGACAUGGAGGGGCAGACCCAGGACAGCACCCUGCCCCUGUGCAGCCAGCACCCCCCGCCCACUCUCUGUGGACACCAUUUCUCUUAGACUGACCCCAACCCCUCAAUUACACACACACGCACACACACACACACACAUUCAAUCCCGGUCCCCCCAUAUGGAUCCUCUAAGGGGCCUACUUAUUGUUUCUUAGAAUAUAUUUCUGUACUCAGACUCCGGUGGACUGGACCGAAUCUAGCGAAUCUAUCAGGUUCAGAAGACGUGGAUUCAUGCUCUCUUAUGCAACAGUGAUAAGGACCUUGAGAGUCUUUCCUGUGUGUGCAUAUUUUUACAUUUAUUUAAUGCCUGUAAGUGCGUGUGUGCGCGUGUGUGACGUGUGUGUGUGUGUAUGUGUGAAUAUAAGAAUGGAUGUUUGGCCACAUUGACUGAUAGGGCGUUUGUCAUUGCAAUCUGUAAUAUAUUCAAAUGACUGUCAACAUUGAUGUGUAAUAUAUUCACAUGGCUGUCAACCUAUAGAUAUUCUUUAGAUGUAACUAUAAACAUAAAUUAUUUAAUUUUUACCUUUUUUAUUUUGAAAAAAGGACCUACUCAAACCUAAUUUGAAAAGCACAAGCUCUCUCGCACCAAUACCAAAUAGGACUGAGGUUCUAUUUCUUACUAUUUCUGGACUGUGUAGAGGGGCCUUCUUAUUUUUCUUGUAUGAAUAUACAUAAUGUGAAUAUGUGCAUCUAUAUGUUGGGAAGCAUGCUUAUUUGUGUGAAUAUCAAGUGAGUAGCGUAGCACAUCCAUUAGUUUUCAGCAUCCUCUCUCUUUCCCUCUCUCUCUCUCUCUCGGAGUAUUUUAUCCUUCUCAUGCAGCUAUAUGUAUAUCUAGUGCACUCUCUUUCUUCCGCUCUCAAACAGCUCUACAGUGAAUAUCACAUGGAGGAGGAAUUUUGGGGUUUUUAAACCAAGUAGAGAUCAACAUCUACUACCUGCUUUGUAUGACCAAUCCGUAGCUAUUCACCUAUUUAAUAGAACUUCAUUACUCAUCGUUAUGCCAUUAUUAUGUCUUCAUGAGGAUGGGAAGAGUCUGGACUGAGUACAAGCCCUCCAUGAAUACAAUCAACCACUGAAGUGACUCUGAAGGAUGAAGUGGACUUUUAUGCUGACAGACGCAAUACCAACAUCCAUCCUAUUCUUUAGGAGAUCAUGCACAGAGCUAGAAAUGACUAACUGAAACAUUUUUAUGCGGCGCUGUUUGUAUUUGUCAGCUGUAUGCUUGUGGAGUGUGUGUGUGUGUGUGUGUGAGUGUGUGUCUGUUUACUAUGGGUAUUUGGAAACUAUGACGCUAUGUGAAGGAGUGAACUAGGCCCAUUCUUGUAUUUUAUGUGUGAACGGCCAUGGUAUUUAUUAAAAUAACUGUUACCUCUGAAGGUUUGCAUUAAUCAUUAUUAUUAUCGCUAAAUACUGGUAUACCAAAAAACAUAAAAUAACAGGUAGAAUAGCAGAAAUCCAAUGAGCUUUCUAUUGGAGACAACAAUAAAAAUUUACGACAAUGGUUGUUCAAGAUCAAAAUGCUGAAUCUGUAAGGCUGCAGUUGACACAUUCUGAAACAUACGUCAAAUAUGCAAUGUGGCUUUUUAAGGCUUUCAAAUGAUUAUUAAAACAUAGGACUCUAUUCACUACCUUUAUGAAGACACAUUUACUUUAUAGCUUGCCGGUAUAGACA